CAACGUUGAAGAGGAUUACCGCCACAGGCGGCGCCCGCUGUAAGUACGGGGGAUCAUCGACGUCCAGAGCUUGGUGGAAGUUGGAUGCGCCUCUGACGAGCGAAUCAGCGUAAACAUGUUAUGCUCCGAAGCCGCAGUACGCCCGCUUCCCUCUCGUGCUGCAUCUGGGGGUCGCUCGUUCCUCCGCUUUGUGAGGUGUCUCGUGUUGGACGGGUGCUCGCGCCAUCCCUUUCCUCAGUCACUACAUCGACUUCGCCAUCCUCGCAAAUCAUCUCUACAAUGUCUGACAAGGCUACCUGCGCAAACGUCCAGGCCAACGGCGGCUCCUGCACCUACCCCGCGUGCGGCUGCGCCGAGCCCCCCAAGAGCAAAUAAUUGCUCUCUUCGUCGUUAUCUCUCGUCUUCAGUAUCUCAGCAUCUUCACGCCGACGUCGACUUCGAUUGGGAUGGGACACGUCUCGCGCCAUGGGUGGCUAGCGAUGCUGUAGAUGUCAUAUUGUUUGACCGUCGACCGAUAUACAUUGUUUCCGUCACAAUCGUGUGCCUGUGGCUGGGACCCCUUCAAGCCUCAGAUGAACUGCCACAGAAGCUCCGGUGGACGCUAGCUAAUCUGGCCAUGGUCUUUUGUCGUCUCGGCAAUACAGGUUGACUCCUCAAGAGCCGCGGGUGCCAACUGACUCCAGUGAGUCCUCUGCAACGUGUAAAACUCAACGAACCUUCGUCCGACGAGUGCUUCCAACUACGUAAGUCCAUAUCGUUAGGUGCCAGCCGAUUAGGCUGCGCCACCUGCUGCGCUAGCGCCCCAGUGGCGGAGCGGCUUGAUCGCGAUUCACUGCGCCCCGUCGAUGGCCCAUGGGGCCUAACAAUAUGGACUUAAGAGGUAGUCUCGAUUCAAGACCUCCACGCUGCGCU